CCUUCAAAAUCUUACCCUCCUAUUAGGGGUCCCCUCGAAGCCCAAGUUCCACCGCCUCUCUCCGCCUUUAAGAACGUUGAGGUACUCACUCCUCGCCGUCUCCUUAAAGUUUACGCCCAGCUAUCAAAAUCCAGGCUUACAUUCCUUGUAGUUCUCACUGCAAUGUCUGGUGUAGCACUCUCCCCACUUCCAACGACCAUCCCUAUUUUACUCUCAACAGCGGUCGGCACCGCUCUCUGUUCCGCCUCUGCGAACACUCUCAAUCAAAUACAGGAAGUUCCGUUUGACGCUCAAAUGGCAAGAACCCGCUCCCGUCCUCUUGUCCGGAGAGCCAUAUCUCCCCUUCAUGCUGCAGGGUUUGCCCUUGUCACCGGGAUUGCAGGACCAGGCCUUCUCUGGACCAUGGUGAACCCCACUGUCGCUGCCUUGGGAGCAGCCAACAUUGUUUUAUAUGCAGGUCUCUAUACCUGGAUGAAACGGAGGAGCAUUUACAACACCUGGGUUGGUUCCGUCGUUGGAGCUCUGCCCCCGUUGAUGGGGUGGACGGCAUGCGGGGGAAAGCUCCUCCCAAGCGCUACAUACCCCAUAGAAUAUUUCCUUCCCCCCAUCUUGUCCUCCACUCCAGAUCUUCCUGUCAACGUCGCGUUGGUUGACAAUCCUCUUGCCCCUCUCGCCUUGUCCAUAUUGCUAUUUAGCUGGCAGUUUCCUCAUUUUAAUGCAUUAUCAUACAUGGUCCGUGAAUCGUAUGCUCAAGCUGGAUACCACAUGCUUUCUGUUCUUUCACCAGCCAAAAAUGCCCUUGUCUCACUCCGCCACACCCUGCUCUUGACCGCUACUUGUUCUGUUCUCAUUCCCUUGUCAGGCCUGACGACGUGGACAUUUGCUCUGGUCAGUUUCAUUCCAAACGCGAUUUGUGUCAGAGCUGCUUGGAGAUUCUGGCGUCGAGGGGGUGAAAAAGAGGCCAAAGUAGUAUGGCACCAUAGUCUGUGGUAUCUUCCCGUCAUGCUGGGUCUCAUGAUGCUACACAAGCAGGGUAUGGACUGGCUC